GUGCUUUCCCAUAAUUCAUUUCGGAAAUAAGGGUAGUUAUUGGGAGCUAUCGUAGCGCACCGGUGAUUACUUUAACGUUAAUCUUUAACCCCCCGAUUUCUGCUUACAGUGUUUCGUAAGCUUUUAUGCGGACGCCCCGCACUUUGAUUAGACUGUGUGUUUUAUUUGAGCCUCGUCUGCUGGUGAGUUUGUCUGUAAAUGACCGCUGAGCUAAUGUAAACUAGCAGGGCCACAGAGUGUGUGUUAGCUAACCUGAGCUAAUUACGCUAGUUAACGGUUAAUGAAAAGGAGGGCAGAUAUCCCACCUGUUCACGUGACACAGUGUUUUAACUAUAUCUAAUGUAUGUGCCAGUUUAUACUGAUAUUUAUAAAGACAUUUCUUCUCCUUCAGCUGACAGUCCUCUCUCUCUUCUUUUAGGAUUCCCUGUUAAACUCAGGAUGUCUUACCCUCCUCCGAUAAACCGACAGCAGAUCGGCAUCCCCCAGCUGCCCCCCAGGAUCCCCCCUCCUCAGUAUGGAGGGUUUGCCCCGACUGUCCCUCCAGGUACUGUCAGUGCUGGAGGACAGCAUUCUCAGGAUCACUGUCUGCUGUCUGUGGGCUGUGUUCAGGCCGUUAGGGUCAUAGAUUUCAGACCAAAGUUGAUCAAAAAUCAGAUAUAUCUGAAAGUCACUAAAUAUUAAAGUCACUGCAGUCAAAGGAGAAUCAAAAUAGAGCUUAGUAGAAAAAUAGAGAAGUUCACAGCUUCUUUCUUGAGUAAAAGUGUACACACUCCUGGUUAAAUAUGACUGUGACUAGAAUAUUACUAUGGAUGGAUUACGUGGAUACAGUGUAAUAAGAACAUCGUUAACAGAAAAGACAGAUUGUUAGAGCUAUUUGUGCACUACUGAUAAUUUGGCAGAUAGAUAGAUAGAUAACAAAGAACAAAGAAAAUAAGUGCUACCCCCGACAGAAAUGACGAUGAAGGCUCAACAGAUGACCACAUCGUCCACAACACUGACACGAAAACAUCGGUGGUGUGGAGGUAUUUUGGUUUUUGAGGUCGGACAUGAAGCAGAGUAAUGUGAACUGUAAAUUAUGUCGAGUACACGUUCUCACAAAGUCGGGGAAUACCUCAAAUCUUUUUCACCACCUGAAGCAGUGCCACUCCGAGCACAUGCAAAAAAAAAAAGGUUACAAACCCAGAAUGAAGCGAGGAGCCGAAACAGACGACCAUUCAGUCCGCUUUCUCUAGAGCAACGCCUUACGACAAAAGGUCGCAGAGACACAAAGAGCUCACAGAUGCAGGAGAUUAUUGUGUUGCAAAAGACGUGCGACCAAUAAACACUGUUAAAUUUCAUUUUUUAUAUCGUGAUAUACAUCGAUAUCGACUGAUAUGAAAAAAAAUAUUAUCAUGAUAAACUCUUUCCCAUAUCGCCCAGCCCUGUUCUUAGUUGUACAGACCUUUGACAUAUUAAAACAGGAAGGCAGGUGCAGUCAUCGGCCACCUUCGUCGUUUACCUCUCACAUGAAGAUAAAAUAAAAUUGUGUGUGUUCAAUGUUUGUGUGUGUUCAAUUCUUUCCACAUUGUUUGAUCAGUGUGUUUUGUUUGUGUUUCCAGGUACUCCCAUGAUCCCGGUUCAUAUGGGUGUAGUGACCCCCACACCCACAGUGAGUUAGAGACAGGAGUUCCUUCUGCAUGCUGUUUGAAGCAUCAGCUGUUCUGCAUGAGCUCAUAUACCAUCCUUAUGUAUUCUCAGUUAUACUCACACACAUUGGGAAAGUCUUUUCUUUGACUCAGACAGUUACACUUUCCUCUCCCUCUUGACAUGUUUCAGAUUCUCCUAAGAUAAACAUUUAUUCCUUUUUCAUUCAUUCAUUUCUGCUUUGGACAGCAGUGACUGAUGAGAAUCUAAACACGUGAGUUGAUGUUGCAGGUCCUCGUCCCAACUGCUGUCGCUGUAGCACAGAAGCCAAUGAUUCCAAAGGAGCCCGGCAGCCUCAGAGUCAAAGACACAGACGACGGCAGCGGUCCGACCACGACUGUGUUUGUAGGAAACAUCUCUGAGAAGGCCUCUGACAUGUUGGUCAGGCAGCUUUUAGCGGUGAGUCGGCACACUGUAGUAGAGUCGUUUGUUGUUAGUCAGAUAUUAAUCAGGUGAAAUUCAGGCUAUAAAUAGGAAACCAAAGUGGAACAGGACAAUGAUUGGCAACCACAGUGAAUUACAGACAGACAGAGCACAUUUUAUCAGGUAAGUUUUACUGAAGAACAUCUUCAUUUCACUGACAUGAUCAAAACAAACCGAUGGCACAGUGUAGGGAAGACUGAGUCCCAUCGUGACAUAAAGAAAGGAAGUUACAGAGGGGUAAAUAUCACGCCUUAAACUGACAAUAUGAAAAGGGAUAAAGACACUUAAAGACUGCUGUACCCUCUUUUAAUGCUGUGAAAUAUAAAACCUCCUCUUUCCUGUUCUCCUUGAACUAGAAAUGUGGAAUCGUCCUGAGCUGGAAAAGGGUCCAAGGUGCCUCUGGGAAACUUCAAGGUAGAAACAAAAAACAUUCACAUAUUAAAACUGAAACCAAAACACCAGAUACCAACAUAAGAAGUUCCUGUUACUCUAUAAAAAGCAGUAACUUCACUGUUUGUGCAAUCCGACUUUUUGCUUGGAUCAAAACUCAGGACAGGUUUUUCAAAUUUCCAGCGCUUACAUGACUGUCCCUCUCCUCUCUCAUCCCGGCAGCUUUUGGUUUCUGUGAGUAUAAAGAGCCUGAGUCCACACUGCGAGCCCUCAGACUUUUGCACGAGUUGCUCUUAGGUGAUAAAAAGCUGCUGGUCAAGGUGGACGCCAAGACCAAGGCCCAGCUGGACGAGUGGAAGGCCAAGAAGAGGAGUGCGAACGGGGUAUGCUGUUUCUCCGAGGAGUAAAGGUUUACUCAGACAUGUCUGUUUGCGAUAAUCAGGUUUUUAAAGCCUGUUUCUUUCCCUUAAAACUCAGGGAACCAGUGACGGGUCAAAGAAUGAGGAGGAAGGUGAGGAGGAGGAGGUUCUGGACGAAGAAACCCUGCGGAGGGACCAGGUAGUGAAGGGGGCAAUAGAAGUCCUCAUCCGAGAGUAUGCAAGUGAGCUGAACGCUCCCUCGCAGGACCCCGACAGUCAACCCCGAAACAAAAAGAGGAAAGAGAAGAAAGAGGAGGUAGAGUUUUCUCAAAUGUGAAGGAUCUUUGAUGUGUAGCUGUUACUGCUGUGUGUACUUAGUGUGUGUUUGUGUGUUUUCUCUGUGCUUUGCGUAAGGAGGAUAUCAAUGCCAUGGAGAUGGAGGACGACAAGAGAGACCUGAUUUCCAGAGAGAUCAGUAAAUUCCGUGAUACGCACAAGGUAACACAUCAAACUGCUGCUUUUUCUCUGUACAUGUAGGUUUUGGAGAAAAUCCUCGAAAUGAGGUAUUCGAUAUUAUUUAAGAGUAAAUGUAUCUUAACUUAAAUCCUCCAAAAGACUGUCAUGUUGAAACUGAAUUGAGUUUUUAGUUUUGCACAUGCUGAAGUGCAUGGACAGGAUGUGAAAUUCCACCUUAAGCUAAUCUAUUGAUCAAACUUCACCAAUGUGGUAGAGUUCAUUUGGUGACUAGAGCAAGAUGAAUCUCACAAUCUCAGCUUUGGAAAAAGUUGCGAGGAUAGGAUGUAAGUAUGAUCCUUUAUUUCCUCUUGACUCAUGUUGGGCGCUCCCUUCUGGAGGUUUUGCAGAGGGGCAGCUGGCUCUCAGUCCACUGCUGUUAUUAUCCCUGAAAUCAAAGAGCUGCUGCAGCUCCAGUGAAAGAACCGAUCAGUUCAGUGUGAAUGUAAAGAAGCGUGCUGUGAUGAAGUGGAGAAGCUCAGUGAACCUCUGCAUGUCCUCACAUGUGAAAUGUCGUGUUUAAAGAACACACACAGUCUGAAUGAGCUUAACCACUGCAGCCUGUAGUGAAGGAGGGAGCGCCCCUCCACAGCACUCUGUGGUCUGAAGACUUUGAAGGUAAGUGUCUCUGUUUCUUCUCUUCUCUUUAUCUUUGACUUAUCUAUUUUAUUCUCCUCUCUGUUCUGUGUUUACUGUCCUCUCCCCUUUUAAUGAAUCGACAAGAAAACAAACGAAAUACGUCUCAGGGUGGGAAGAGUACGAGAAUAUUCUCCUCGAGUAAAGGGAAACUCAUCCUGACUGAUGUCUUUACUCCCUAAAUUCACACCCUAAGAUGUGUGCACCUGCACUGUUACACAUACACACUUUUACACUCAUUUUUAAAAGGCAUUUUAACUCAAAUCUCAUCCUGCUCUGUUUGCAAAAUAUGCAGAAAUCGGCUCUUUGUGUAGGACGCUGUAAAAAACUUUGACACUCACCACCAGCAGCAGCAGUUUAGGUACAAACAAAAGUUUCAUAUAUAAGAAUCGUCAGGCUGCUGUAGCUCAUAAAGAGGCUCCAGUAAAGAUUUAAGUCUGUUUUAUAAACCAAACAGUUAACCCAGAUGAUUAAAGCUCCCCUCAGUGUCUGAUAUUUUAAAAACACUCGUUUAAAUAAAGUCACAUAAAGUUUACAACUCUUAUUCUUCAUCCUUUUUCCUUCUGUUUUUUUAAAAUUUCAGUCAGACCCACAUUUCGAACAGCUUUGACACUUUUGUUAAAUAUUUUAAGAAUAGUUUGAAAUCUGGGUCUGACUCUGUUAAGAUUUGUUAAUCUCAUUUCUCGGGUUGGAGAGACCAAAGAGACGCUGAGAGGCGACCUUCAGGUAAGACUGUUUCACUCAUUUCCUUGUGAAUUCAUGAAAAACGAUCUGAUUUGUUGUGGACAUGAAUUGUUGUGUUUUGUUGGAUGUGGAUGUUGCUGGAUAACUUGUUUCACAGGUUGUCGAUGCUCCUGGAGGUUUUUCCCGAUGAUUUUUGACUUUGCUCUUGACCUGCUUUUCCUCCCACAUGUAGCCUGUAGGAUGAGUAGUGGCAGAGAGGAGCUCGUUCAGUCCAUCACCUGUAAGUUCUCUGACGGCUCUAAAUCAUCUUUGGAAAAGGCUGUGGUGUUUUUAUCAACAACUCAGGAGGCGGAUCAGUCCUUCCUUUAAUAUUCUGAAUAUUUUCACUGCUCUGAUUGUUUUUGUCUUGUGCACAUUUACUCCCCUGUCGUAUAUUUCCCCCUCAGCCCAUACCUUUGAGGUAUUUAAUGGUGUACUCGCAGUUGUAAGUCUCCACACUGCUGCACACAGAGCUCCUACACUCCUGCAGGGGAGCACUUGCUUUGCAGUCUGGCUGUGCUGCCCCCUGCGUAUCAGAUGACCAUGCAGAAAACACAUGGGAGCCGAUUAUGUAAUUCACUUAGUUGGGCCGUUUGCCAUGUUAAGCUCAGGCUUGUUUUAAUCCACUUGGCACCCACAGGAAAGACCAAACCAGGGUGUUAUAUAGUGGUGAUCCUAAGUGUAUAGUUAGAACUUAAUGACCUCGGUGAACCCAAGGUGCAAAGCUGAUUUACCUAAAGUGCUUUAUAUCAGUGUUCACAGCACGAGGAGUUAAAUCAAACCACGAAACGUUAAGAAAUAUCAUCUAUCCGUUCAAACUAAUGGGCUUUAUUUACACUGAAUUUGGCUGCUGCAGGAUGAAGAAGACUUAAAGUGUGUAAAAAAAACAAUCAGAGUUAAUGUUUCUUGAAGAACACAGAACCAGACUGAUGUUUUGGUCCUCUGACAGAGUAAUUGGGUCGUUAUGGACCAGAAUUCAUCGACUGACUGAGGAUGUUUAUUUUAUUGCUUGUCAUUUUUUCCUCUCGCUGCAUCAGCUGCUACUCCCCAGAAAUAAACAUGAACAGAGCGAUCAAACAAAACUACCAAAACAUAGUGAUUAAUCACAACAAAUUGAUGCUUUAUUUCCAAGAUAAAUCAAACAAAUUAGACAAAUGCUGAUCUAUGAAUAAGGGUGGAAAAACAGUCAGAUAUUUGUUAAAAUAAACUAUGUCAGAGGUAAAUAAAGGGAGGGUUAUACUACAUCAAACAAGUAAUGGUACUGCGGUCUAACCUAACCAAAUCAGGUCAACAUUAGACACUUUUAUCUUCUGCAUCACGUCCCUCUAUCAGUAUAUAUCAGCUGCCAGAGUGCUCAUUGAUUGGAAAAGGGGCGGAUGUGGGUUUGGCCAUAUUUGCCUACAGCUGAGUUUUUAUUGGAAAGGCCUCUCAUUACAUCAGAGCAUAAUCUCAGAUCACCACCGAGUGGACAGUGAGUGCAGAGGACGAGCUGACCUGUUACAUAUGUGAGGAAGAAAAAGUGAUUCAAUAUGACGCCUGAUGGAACCCGCAGCCAGGACAGGAAGAGGCCGGUGCAGAAAUACAAUAGAGUGGAUGUUUGGGGUCAGAAAGUGCCUGAAAAACACCCAAAGAUGGUCUCAACCCACCAUGAAAACAAACUCUGAACUUUUUAAAACUUGAUCCGUUUGGUUUUGAGAAAGUGUGUCCUGAUUGGGUAGUUUUUGCGCUGACCCACUCUUCCAGGAGGAAACAUCAUGCCUAAGAGGACUUCCAGCAGCCUCUCCAAGGCAAUGAGUGGUGGCCGUAUGUGAGCAGCGACUCCAAAUCAUUUUCACUUUCAUGUGCUGAUUAUUACCUCUGUGUCUGUUUGAGUGUCUUCUUCACCAAAUGUGAAAUGUCUCCCCCCCUUUUCUUCCUGUCGGGUCCCUGCAGAAGCUGGAGGAGGAGAAAGGAAAGAAAGAAAAGGAGCGGCAGGAGAUCGAGAGGGAGAGGAGAGAGAGGGACAAGGAGCGGGAGCGCGAGAGGGAGCGCCGCGACCGCGAGAAGGAGAAGGAAAGGGAGAGGGAGAGAGACAAGGAGCGGGAGAGGGACAGAGACCGAGAACGGGAGAGAGACCGGGAGCGAGAGAGGACGAAGGAGCGGGAGAGGGAGCGGGAGAGGGAGAGAGACAGGAGUCGAGACGUCAGCGAAGACCGGAGCAGAUCCAGGUCAGUGAGGUUGAUGUCAAAGUUCACGGCUCAGUCUGACGGUACAAGAGAAACUUCAUCUUGCGCGUAAAUAAGAGUCAGGACUUUAGUAAGUAAAGGAGCUCUGUAAUGAGUGCAUAAUUUACAGUAAAUGACUGUAAUAGAAUGUGUGGGAGAAAGGUCCUUGUUUGUGCAAAUAUGAUGAAAUUAAACUGAUUCACUAAAACGCAGCUCUGACUGAAGCAAAACCAACCAGAUUUGACUGUGAGGGAAAUAAGUGUCCCUCUCUCUGUUUCUUACAUUAUUUUUCUUGUUUGUCAAAGUUUGAGAGAGUCCGAAGAGUCUAACACCAUUAACCCUUUGUGUCCUGCAGAGAGAGGACCAGGGAAGAGAAAAAACGAGACCGAGAAGAAGAUGAGGAGGACAUACAUGAACGAAGGAGACUGGAGAGGAGGCUCAGGGAUAAGGAGGCGGCGUACCAAGAGGUGUGUCUUUAAACCUCACUGAUUACUUUGAAUUUCAUCGAUUUGGAAGCUCACAGACUCAUCCGUGGUUUGGUGAUUUUCUAUGUUUUCAAAGCGCCUGAAAAACUGGGAAAUCCGGGAAAGAAAGAAAGGUCGAGACUACACUAAGGACACGGAGCGUGAGGAGGAAAGGCGUCGUGAAAUGGUUCGACUCUGCUGCGUACACCCUGUGGUUUUGGUUCCUCUUACUGUCAGAUGUUUCCAGAUGUUUUCAUGGAGAUUAAAGUGUUUUUGUGUUUAAAUUCAGAUGAAAGAAGCCAAAAGACUAAAAGAGUUUCUGGAGGAUUACGACGACGACAGGGACGACCCGAAAUACUACAGGUGAUCAUCUGAACGCUCAUUUUAAAGUGCGUCUCACACUCGUGAUGAAGUUUUGCGUAUUUCAUGACCUGAAGCCCGUCUCUCAUCCUCAGGGGCAGCGCUCUGCAAAAGCGACUCCGUGACCGAGAAAAGGAGACAGAACUGGACGAGCGAGACCGAAAGAGAGAGAAAGAGGAGCUGGAGGAGAUCAGACAGAGGCUCCUGGCUGAGGGUCACCCUGAUCCUGACGCUGAGCUGCAGAGGGUGGGUUCAACGCAGACCCAGGACCAGAGUCAUAUGAGAAAAAACCCUUUAUCUAUCUUGUGUCGACCAGGGUUUGAGCUCUACGAUUGUCCACUUUGUCUUUGUACAGAUGGAGGAGGAAGCGGAGCGCAGACGGCAGCCUCCUCUCAAACUGGAACACGAGGAGGAGGCGCCCCAGGAGAAGUCUCACAAGGACCGGGACAGAGAGAAGCGAGGGUCCGCGAAGCCCGCAGAGCCCAUCCCCCGAGGGCCCGCGCCGCGUUCCGAUGACGAUGAUGAAGCAGAAGGGGACAUGGACGACUACCGCGACGGAGAGGACUCUCAAGACGCCAAACCACAACUCAAACCCAUCAUGCGACCAAUCACUACAGCUCCCUCAGUGUCCUCCGCCAGUGGGAACGCCACUCCAAACACACCCGGCAACGAGUCUCCCUGUGGGAUCAUCAUCCCAGGCGAGAACACCCCUGAGGUCCAGCCUCCAGAGGAACACCGGCCCAAGAUCGGUCUCAGCCUCAAACUGGGUGAGUACAGAGACAAACUGAAAACGCGGCGUGAUCGAUCUCGUCCUAAAACAACGUUUCUGUCCUCCAGGUGCCACCAACAGUCCCAGCCAGCUCAACGUGGGGAAGCGGAAGAAGCUGGCGACCAUGGAGAGCGUUUUUAACAAGUUUGACGAGGAGGAGGCCGAUGAGCAGCCUCGCAAAAGGAAACUGGUGCCGCUGGACUACGGUGACGACGACAAGAGUCUGGGGCUGGACGGGGCUGAAAUUUCCGGGGGUAAAGGCAGCAUCAACUCAGAGGAGAAACACAAGCACAUAAAGAGCCUCAUCGAGAAGAUCCCCACGGCCAGACCUGAGCUCUUCUCCUACCCUCUGGACUGGGCCAUGGUGGACUCGGUAAGGAGAAGCUCUCUCUGUGUGACGUGCCGACAACAGUUUUUGAUUGUUUCAGAGAUCAUAACUUGACGAUUCUUGUCUUCACUCAUGAUGCUGCGAGAGGGUUAAAUCAUGUGGUUAAUUUGUGGUCUGUGUGUUUUUAGACUCUGAUGGAUCGCCGUAUCAGACCAUGGAUCAAUAAGAAGAUUAUAGAGUACAUCGGCGAGGAGGAGGCCACGCUGGUAGAUUUUGUCUGCUCCAAGGUUUGUGAUCGUUUCUCUCCGACAGCUGCAUUUAUCUAAAGUUGUUAUUUUCUGUGAUUUUUGUUUGCUGCUCCUUUCUAAUUUUACAUCUUUCCUCUUCAGGUGAUGGCACACAGCACUCCUCAGGGUAUUCUGGAUGAUGUUGCCAUGGUGAGUUGAUACUGACGCAACACUGAAAGUUCACACUGUAAAAUCAGAGUCAAAGCUAAGCAGUUGUGCUCAAAUUUGUCAAGAUUCCUCUCAAAUUCUGAAAGAAGAACGUCUCCUACGCUGCCUCUAAUCCUGAGAUCAUCUGUGUGUGUGUGUUUAGGUUCUGGAUGAAGAAGCAGAGGUCUUCAUCGUGAAAAUGUGGAGGCUGCUGAUCUAUGAAACAGAAGCAAAGAAGAUCGGACUGGUGAAAUAAAGACCUCGUGUCUCUCUGACUUCCUCAGCCCACGGUUCUGCUGCCUUCAGUUUUUCUGCUGCUGUCGCAGACUGUCAUCGUAUGUCCAUAAAUCCCUCCAUUCCAUCAGCAGGAGCGGCUGCCUUCAGUGUGUGUGUGUGUGUGUGUUCGGAGGGGAAAGUCUGAGCUGGGAACAGAACGGGUUUGCACAAACUUUCUGCAUGAUGAUGACUCGUUGGUUGUGUUUUUCUCCUUUUGUUAAGGCAAAACGACGGUUUCAUCCACGUCCUCUGAUAUGUUGGACACAUCAUGCUUUGAUUUACUGUCGUAAUGUUGAGGCACUGCUCCAUCGUGUGAACUAAUAAAUAUGCUUUUUUAUAAAACCGUUUCUUUCUGAAUGAAGUUUUCUACUUUACUCCACUUUUAAUUGCAUUUACACUUGAGGAACAGUUUGUCAUUCCUUACUUUGUUUUUGUAUUUUACAAAGAAAACGGUCAAAGUUUAAAUAUCUUAAAUUUUAAGAUUUACACAGAGGAUAGAGAAUAUCAUAGUUUCUUAAACUGAUUUUUCUGUGUAUUUGCCAUUAUUGUAACACAAAUAGUCUCCUAAAAUAAGAAAUAUACAGAGUUUAUUGGUUUGUGAGUUUGGAAGCUGUUCAGUUUCUCAUUUAGACAUAAAAGCACUUUUUUCCUUAGUAAAUAAUAUGGUGUAUGUGUAAUAUUUUAGAUUCUUAACAAAAAAAGCAACCUAUGCUCUCUUACCUAAUGAUUAGAGCUACAAAUUAAAUUCAAAUUCAACUUUAUUUGUAUGGCACUCAUCAGACAAAAAAUGUAGCUCAAAGUGCCUCACAGAGGCUAAAAACAAUUAAACAAGAAUAAAACCCGACCAUCCCACCCAUGGACCCACACAGACACUCACACACACAGAGUGAGAAUCUAAGAUAUAUUAUUUUAAUCUUAUAAAUUAAUCUACGAUAACCCGGUACCCAACUUAAUUCUACUAAACUGGGCAUUUAAAGGAGAUUUUAUGGUUUUAGAUUUAUAUUGAUGUGUCUUUGUGAGCUGCAAAAGUAAAUAAAACCACCAGUGAUAAGAUUUAUAAUUUCUUCGUUGUAAAGUUAAUCUAAUUUUUACUUUUCUUCUUCUUCUUGAUGCUGUUCAGUCUCGGUUUCUCUCUAAAUGCCCAACUUUGCUGUUUGUGUCUUACUAACCUUGUUGUUUACCUCUGCUGUUUUUUGUGCUUACCUGUUUUUUGUUAACUUAUGUUUUUUUUUUAUCUCUGCUGUUUUUUGUUGUUUUUUGUUUACCUCUUUUUUUGUUGUUUACCUCUGUUGUUUUUUGUUUACCUCUGUUGUUUUUUUUGUUUACCUCUGUUUUUUUCCUCUUGUUUUUUUGUUUUCCUCUGUUGUUUUUUGUUUACCUAUUGUUUUUUUUUGUUUACCUCUGUUGUUUUUUUGUUUACCUAUUGUUUUUUUUUGUUUACCUCUGUUUUUUUCCUCUUGUUUUUUUGUUUACCUUUGUUGUUGUUGUUUUUUGUAGCUCUGUUUGCUUGAUGUUUUCCUCUGUUUGUUUUUGUUUACCUCUUCUUUUUUUUAGUUUACCUCUGUUUAAUGUUUGUUUACUUUUUC